AAAAAGGACCUCACGCUUUUUGUUUUUUCACGGCGCUGUUCCCAUUUAUGCUAAAUUUUCCUUAUUUCACGGUUCAGCUGGAUUGUAGUCCGGACUACCUCCUACGCAAGGAUGCUGGGGGAGUCUUGUCACUCUUUUCUCAUUGGCUGUGGACGGGAGACAUCACAGAAGCGAUUUCAUUCAUAAAUCCCGGCACACCGUACUAACUGUCAUCUGUGCUAGAAACUUUUUUUCGUAAAGGGACUAAUUAUUUAUAUCGAGGAAUAAUUUGAGGGAAAGAUUUACCAGCUACAACGAAGAUAUCGAAAGGGUCUGUAACGUGAACGCACCCACACAUUUUCAGGCCCUUUCCAACGAAGAAAAUGUUCCAGACUGUUCCAGACACCGCGUCUUACGUCAAGGUAAGACACCAUCGCCUCUUCGAACAGGAGGCGCUGUCAGUGGUGAGCGAAGAUCAGUCUUUGUUCGAGCCGCCAUACGCUGCUGCUGCUCCUCUCCCCAAGGCUGACAUGACUGCAUCGGGCGCACAGGACUACGGACAGCCCCACAAGAUCAACCCCUUACCCCCACAGCAAGAGUGGAUCAGCCAGCCCGUACGCGUCAAUGUCAAGCGGGAAUAUGACCACAUUAAUGGAUCCAGGGAGUCCCCGGUCGACUGCAGUGUGGGGAAAUGCAAUAAACUGGCGGGCGGGACGGACGGCUCUCAGAUGAACUACGGGAGCUAUAUGGAUGAAAAAAAUGGACCACCCCCAAACAUGACCACCAAUGAGAGGCGGGUCAUCGUUCCUGCAGGUGAGAGCACCACCCACCUGUGCUUCUUGCAGUAUUCCUCACAAACAAUCCGAAAUAGAUGCCAUAUAAACGAGGUAUAACAGUCUGCAUAAAUG